AAAGUAGACAAACAAGAUGAAAAUAGCUGUCGUUGGUGGUGGAGUCAUCGGAUUGACAACUGCUUUUCGUUUGCAAUACGAAUUCAUGCGUAAUGCUGAAAUAACAGUUUUUGCCGAAAGUUUUGAUAAUAUCGUUAGUUAUACGGCAGCGGGAAUUUUCCGAGUCGGUACUUCGUAUUGUGGUGCAAGUGAGACAAACACGAGAAAAUGGAUAAACGAUUCCUACGAAUACUACGACAACAUUCGGAGAAUUUAUGAAGCGUCUCGUGCCGGAGUGACUGAUAUUUGUGGAUAUAUAUUCGCUAAUUCUUCUCCGCAUGUCGUUUCGAAUCAUUGGCUCGAACCGUUGGUGCCAAUCUACAGGAAAGCGACAGAGGAAGAACUCCAAUUGCAUGGCGAUUGGAAAUACGGAUCAUUUUUUUCGACUCUUCUUACACAGUGCGAUUUAUACCUCCCAUGGAUUAAACAAAGAUUGCAGUCGGACGGGGUUACGUUCAAACAACGGUACUUGAAGUCGUUGAAAGAGCUGGUCCACAAUUUCGACAUCAUAAUGAACUGUACUGGGCUUGGAGCGCGCAGCUUAUGCGAUGAUAAACGUCUCGUUGCUGUACGAGGUCAAGUGUACAAAGUAAAUGCACCGUGGAUAAAAAUGUUCUGUUACGGCGAGCUCGACACUUACGUCAUACCAAAUCUUAAUGGCGCAGUUACGUUAGGUGGAACAAGAAAUUUUGAUUGCGAGAAUAUGACAAUAUGUCCGUAUGAAAGCGCAGCGAUCUUUGCAAGAUGCAGAAAACUGAUUCCGUCUUUAGCAAAUGCGCAGUUAAUCCGACAAGAAGUUGGUCUACGACCGCACCGAGAAGGCGGUAUUAAAAUUGGAAGAGGGACCACCGACAAUACCGCCGAAUCCAUAAUCGUGGAUAAUUAUGGGCACGACGGUUACGGAGUUAGCAUGGCACCCGGAACUGCGAGCGAGGCCAUCCACACAGCCAUCCAACUUCAUACACGUUCCAGCUUCGUAUCCAAGUUAUAACUGCUCCACCAUUGUCUUUUAAUUCCAUUGUACUAUAUUUAUAAGUACACAUUACAUAUUUUCUACUAUACAUAUACAUUGCAAAGAAUAUUAUUGAGAAUAUCAUCUUUCCAUUUCUCUCUCUCUCUCUCUCUCUGCAAAUACAAUUUUUAUUAACAAAUUUACAUACGAAAAUCGGGAGAUCUACUUAAAACGGUCUAAUACUGCGCGGUACUGCGUGUUCGCGAAAAUGCAUUUACAAUUAUGAUAUCGUCUGCGAAGGCCUAUUAUCACGAGUAAGAUAUACUUGUGUGUAUUUAUAAAUAAAAACCGUGUCCUUGUAUC